CGGCGCGCUUGAUCAAUGGUGGCGCAGAUUGAGUUCCCACAAGUCCCGAUAUCCUCUGUGGCUUCUACUGACUAUAAAACUGGCGCUAUUUUCCAGUUUAUUCAAACAAGAGAGAAGGAGUUCUUUGUCGAUAUUCACCUCAGACUUCAGGAUCAUCCCAUUUGCAUCUGACUGCAAUGACUAAAGCCACGAGCUACCUCUGUCUGGUGCUUGUAGCACUAGCCCUCGUCUCCCCGAGUCUCUGCUACCCUCGCCAAAAUGGGAUACGUCGCCCUACAGGACCAGAAAACAGUAUGCCCGAAGCAAGUAUGCAAACACCAGACGUGCAGAAUUAUUUGGAACAACAGUAUAAACAAGACGAUCAGAAGGAAGAAGUAACUGAACAAGGGGCUACUAUCGAACUUCCUGCAGGUCUCAUAUUUGAUACUAACAGUAUCUACAUCCUUUUGGGUAACAAUGGCAGGUUUGUCAGUCGCAUCAGACGUGGUACCAUCGACUACAUGGAGGCUGAAAAAGUAUCAAUCGAUUAUUUCUGCCUUCUUCGCGCCAGUAUUCUCUAUAACGGCAAGCUAUCCUUGAAGUCUGACAACGGAAACAACAACUACCUCGGCCGUUACACUCGAGGUGGGGUGAACGACAUCGAGGCUGUUAAAGUCUCUAUCGAUGUAUAUAGCCAGUUUACGGUGGAAGUAGACAUUUCUGACGGCAUAGGGAAAGGAGCUAACUACAUCUAUUUGAAAGCUGACAAUGAUAAGUAUGUUGGGAUUAAAGAUCGCAGUGGCAGGAAUAAUCUUGAGGCCAGUUACGACACCCGGGUCCCCGCUACCCGCUUCACCCUUCUGGAAGUCUUUUAGACUCAAGACACAUUGAAACGGUGCAAAAAAUGAACAUGAGAAACUUUGUAGCUUAGUUUAGUUGUAGUUGCAGGAAACUGAAAAAACUCUGUUACGUAAUGCUGCUGUUUAGUUUGUUAUCUGUUAUUUAGAAUUUCACUGGUGACAUAUUUCGGCAGAAGAAGGGAGCACAUUACGUCUACAUAAUAUAAAGAGAGGACCUGGACAAACUCAGCUGCAUGGCCACAGCCAAUUAGCCAUAGCACUGCUACCACCGAGAUAUGU